CGAACAGUGUCCAACGGUUUUAUGUAUGAGGCUCUUCAUCAUCCACUAACGGUGUCCUCACUAGUAUCAUGCAGCGCUUCUAUUGUUUCGUAGUUGUAGUAGUUCUGCUAUGGGAGAGUUGGGUGACCGCCGACCCGCAGACCACCCUCCUUAACUCUGGCUGCAGUCAGUAUAACGUAAGCGAUACCUCCGCCUUCGUCGCCACCAUCAACGAGACCUUUGCAGACCUGCGCUCCUCCCUCUCCUCCAAGGCCACCGACAGCUCCGCCGCCCGCUUCGCCACCGCGCAGCGGCCCCGCACCACCGAACCCAUCUACGCGCUAUUCCAGUGCCGCGCUUACCUCUCCUCCACCGACUGCCUCGCCUGCCUUUCCGUCGCCGAGGUCGGUAUCCGAAGAUGCGGCAACGCCAACGGCGCCCGCGUCAUCUACGACGGGUGCAUCCUCCGCUACGAGGGCUCUAUCUUCUUCGACCAGACUACGGUCAUCGGUAACGGUGGCGUCUGCAACGGCAGCGCUGCGUCCGACGCGGGGUUCUCCGAGGCCGCGAAGGCGCUGGUGAGGGACCUGACCAUCGCCACGCCGAGGAUCUCGGGGUUCUUCGCGGCGGCGGAGAGGGGUGGGGUCUUCGCGGUGGCGCAGUGCGUGGAGACGGUGAACGAGGAGGGCUGCGCCCAGUGCCUCACGGUGGCGGACAACAACAUCGAGGGUUGCCUGCCGGACACCGACGGGCGGGCGGUGGACGCCGGGUGCUUCAUGAGGUACUCCAGCAAGUCCUUCUUCCCGGCCAACCAAACCGUGGAUCUCUCCCAGUUCUUGAGUUCAGGGAAGUCAAACAAGAAGGUAGCCAUAAUUGGAGGAGUUGUGGGAGGAAUAUGUGGUUUGUUGCUUCUAGGGAUCAUAGCACUCCUGUGGAUCAAAAGAUCCAGAAAGCGCCAAGGGGGUCGAACAGGAGAUUUAUUAGGGGCAACAGAAUUACGGGGUCCACUAAAUUUCCAUUACAAGGAUCUAAAAGCUGCUACAAAUAAUUUCAGUGAAAAAAAUAAACUAGGAGAAGGAGGGUUUGGAGAUGUAUACAAGGGUACACUGAAAAAUGGUAAAACUGUUGCCGUCAAGCGAUUGGCGAUUGCACAAACCAGCAGGGCAAAGGCAGAUUUUAAGAGUGAGGUGAAGCUUAUUAGCAAUGUUCAUCACAGAAAUUUAGUUCGCUUGCUUGGAUGUUCUAGCAAAGGCCAAGAUUUGCUUCUUGUCUAUGAGUACAUGGCAAAUAGCAGUCUUAAUAAGUUCAUAUUUGGUGAUAGACAGGGAUUCCUCAACUGGAAACAGAGAUUUAACAUAAUUGUCGGCAUGGCUCGUGGUCUUGCUUACCUGCAUCAGGAGUUUCAUGUUUGUAUCAUACAUCGUGACAUAAAAUCUAGUAACAUUCUGCUUGAUGAUGAUUUCCAGCCAAGAAUUGCAGAUUUUGGCCUUGCACGACUUUUACCAGAGGACAAGAGUCAUCUCAGCACUAAAUUUGCUGGCACUUUGGGAUACACAGCACCUGAGUAUGCAAUUCAUGGCCAGCUAUCUGAAAAGGUUGAUACCUAUAGCUUCGGUGUUGUUGUCCUUGAAAUAAUCAGUGGCCGGAAGAGCAAUGAUGCAAAACUGGAACCUAUUACUCAAUACCUUCUUGAAUGGGCUUGGAAAUUAUAUGAAAGCGGCGAUUCGAUCAAUUUGGUGGACAAAAGCUUAGAUCCUCUUGAAUAUACCCCAGAAGAAAUGAAACGAAUUAUCAAAAUAGCUCUUCUCUGCACGCAAUCCACUGUGUCUGCGAGGCCAACCAUGUCCGAGGUUGUGGUUUUGCUGCUUAGCGAAGGUGAUCAGGACAUGCUCCGGCCAACAAGGCCUACCUUCAUAGACGCCACAAGUCGGGUUCACGGAGAUGCAUCGGCCUCCACUGGCUCGUCUUCUACCUCCAAUGCUACUGUCUCCGCAUCACAGUUUUCUGGUCGUUGAAGUUCCGCGACAAGGUAAUGUUUCAGCAGCAGUGAACUAAAUGGUCGGUCAUGAAUAUAAUGAUAGUAAUUCUGUUUAGCAUGCAGUUGAGAACGUGUAUCAAGUGAAACUAACGACUGGAUUGUCAUGAUUGGGGUAACUUAAAAAAUCAAGAAAAUAUUAAGAAAAUGUGAUUCCAUAUAUUGUACUGUCAAGAAACAAAUGACAGAAAAAAAAAAAAUACUUAAACAAUAUUUUGGUGGCUUUUACA